AUUAAAUCAGUUAAAUUUGUCAGAUUUCGUCCCUCACCAGCAGAAUUUCCUGUUGUAAUUAGUCAAGAUGGAAGCAAUUCCGAUGUUACUUCUGCAAUUGCCGAUUUUAUUAAUGAAGCAGCUAAUGUUUUUUUCAUCCACGUUUGUUUUACUUUUCAAAAAUCGGCUAAUAAUUAUUUCUAUAUUGCACAACACUACAAAUGGGCGCUGGAUAAAGUAUUUUUCGAAAUGAAGUAUAAAAGAGUGAUUGUAACUGAAGACGACCUUGAUAUAGCAUGUGACUUUUUCUCAUAUUUCGCAUCAACUAAAUAUUUGCUAGAAAAAGAUCCAACGAUAUGGUGCAUAAGUGCAUGGAAUGAUAAUGGUAGUAACAAUAUAACAGAUCGAAAUCGAAGUGAUCGUCUUUAUAGAACAGAUUUUUUCCCUGGUCUAGGUUGGAUGUUAACAUCUGAAUUAUGGAAAGAGCUGAGUGGUGCAUGGCCCGAAGCAUAUUGGGAUGAUUGGCUUCGAAAUCAAAAUAUUCGAAAGAAUAGAGUUUGCAUUCGACCUGAAGUAUCUCGUACAGCACAUAAUAACGAUUUAGCUGGAAAAGGAUCUAGCGGGGGGCUAUAUAAAUCAUACCUGGCAUCGAUACAUCUUCCCGAUUCAUUUAUUGAUUUCUCUCUUCUUGAUCUUUCAUAUUUAACGAAAGAAAAAUUUGACAAAAUGCUAGUAGAACGACUGAAUGAAGCCAGGAAUGUUUCGUUUGAAGAAUUACAACAAUUCGCUUUAUCAAAUUCUGAAAAUUCUUAUCGGAUUGUUUAUCGAACUCCAAGAGAUUAUCGGCGAUUAGCUAAAGCCGUCGGACUUAUGUUGGAUAUCAGGUCAGGUAUGCCUCGUACUGCAUAUUAUGGUAUUGUGACAUUUAUUUAUGGUCGCUCUCGCGUUUAUGCCAUACCAUCAUUACUCGAUUACGAUCGCAAUUUUACCAAAUUUGUUUCUUCAGAUGUAUAUAAUGAUAAGUGGGAUAAAAUGACAAAAUUUCUGGAGUUUCAAGAAAUCUACUGCAAGCCCAACAAAUUUCGAGGACAGUGCGAUCCAAAAAACCCAGAUCUGAUCGAAUGGUUUAGAAAGAAACGUCUAUCAAAAAGACUUUUUGCAUGGGGAGACAUGAUCAUUAAUUAA